AUGGGUUGCGGGCAGAGUUCCGAGUCCAAAGAGGGCAAGCAGCGAAAUGAGGAAAUCGAGAACCAGCUGAAGAGGGACAAGAUGAAUCUGCGCAAUGAGAUCAAGAUGCUGCUGCUCGGUGCUGGAGAAUCGGGGAAGUCGACCAUUCUGAAGCAGAUGAAGCUCAUUCAUGAGGGAGGAUAUUCGCGAGACGAACGUGAGAGCUUUCGGGAGAUCAUAUUCUCCAACACGGUGCAAUCCAUGCGUGUGAUUCUCGAAGCCAUGGAAAGCUUAGAGCUACCUCUGGACGACCAACGCGCAGAAUAUCACGUGCAGACAAUCUUCAUGCAGCCCGCGCAGAUCGAAGGCGACGUGUUGCCUCCAGAAGUCGGCCAGGCCAUCAAGACCUUGUGGGCAGACGCCGGCGUCCAAGCCGCUUUCCAGAGAAGUCGGGAGUACCAGCUCAAUGACAGCGCCAAGUACUACUUCGACAGCGUCGAUACCAUCGCAUCGCCUACCUACAUCCCAUCCGACGCCGACGUAUUGCGCUCGCGUGUAAAGACCACUGGAAUCACGGAAACGACCUUCAUCAUCGGUGACCUCACGUACCGUAUGUUCGACGUCGGCGGUCAGCGCUCGGAGYGGAAAAAGUGGAUACACUGUUUCGAGAAUGUGACGACAAUACUCUUCCUGGUUGCCAUCUYAGAGUACGAUCAGUUACUAUUCGAAGACGAGACAGUCAAUCGAAUGCAGGAAGCACUCACCCUGUUCGAUUCCAUCUGCAACAGUCGUUGGUUCACCAAGACCAGCAUCAUCCUGUUCCUGAACAAGAUCGACCGAUUCAAGGAGAAGCUCCCGGUGUCACCAAUGAAGAACUACUUCCCCGACUACGAAGGCGGCCAGGACUAUGGCGCAGCAUGCGAUUAUAUCCUAAAUCGAUUCGUCUCGCUCAACCAGCAUCCCACCAAGCAAAUAUACACCCACUUCACUUGCGCAACGGAUACCAUGCAGAUAAGAUUCGUCAUGGCUGCAGUGAAUGACAUUAUCAUUCAGGAGAACUUGCGCAUGUGUGGUCUUAUUUAG